AUGAAUCGCAAAAGACAGAGCAGAUCUACCGAACAGGCCAGUGAGCCGUCGAAGCGUAGGAAGUUUAUUGCUUGCCAGCGCUGUCAUUCCCAUAAGAUCAAGUGCUCUGGAGAUCAGCCUUGCUCCAAAUGUCGCCUGGUUGGGUGUGCGGAUGAGUGCGAGUACACACCAAGGGAUCGACAGAUCAAAGUGAGCGAAAGUUACUUGGACUUUCUUUUAUCGGAAAACCGACGGUUGAAAGAACAGUCGGCAUCCUCGGUAAACACGACCGACGCGGAUCAUGAUGCCGAGCCAGAGCCAGCGCCACCAGCAGAAGCACCGGAUGAGGCCAACACCAGUGUGCGCAAUCCGCUGAUUGGUGACCGUGCAUGGUUUCACCGCUACGAUCCAUCUGCACCUCCACUCUUUGUUGGUGAGGCAGCCUGUACAGCGUUUGCUACACGCUUUCGCCGGUUUCUAACGGGAGACAAUGGUUUACCCCAUAUUCCUCGGACUCAAUAUGUCAAGGAAGAGCAUAUCGCUGCGGCCAAUGCAGCUAACGUGCAAUGGCCCAGUCUCCAGCAGGCUCGAUUACUGGUAAAGAUAGCAUUACGUCAAGUCGGCUACAUCUAUCACCUAGUUCUUCGCAAAUCAACGUUAGAGAAGCUCGAGGAGAUAUAUAGAAUGGGCAGCUUCGACUGCACCAUCAAUCAGUGCAAGUUCUUUGCUUUGUUCGCAUUCGGAGAAGCAUACUCGAUGAGGGCCGAGCCAUCCUCUGGAUCCAGGGUCCCGGGGACCUCAUACUUCGCGCGAGCCUUGAGUCUGGGCCAAGUGUUGCCUGAAAGAACGAGCAUGACCCACUUGGAAACCCUAUUGCUCCUGUCACUGUUCUCUUACUACCUUAACCGACGUCAUUCAGCCCUGGUGUUGAUCGGAACCGCCUUGCGGUUAGGUCUGUCAAUUGGGCUGAACCACAAUAUUCCUGAAUCGCAGCUGAUCGACCCUGUGGAGCGUCAACACCGAAUCCGGAUUUGGUGGACAAUCUACACCUUCGAUCGCAUGUGGGGAUCGAAGAUGGGACAUCCUUCGCAGAUCCUCGACGAAGAUAUUCACUUAGACAUGCCGUCCAGUGUCAGCCCGGCACAGCUACACGAGGAGCAAUUCUCCGAUACUGACUAUCUAACGGCCAAUAUAAAUUUGGCCCGGAUUGUGGGCGAGACAAUUGCAAAGCUGUAUAGUCGACGAAAAUAUAAUGAGACGUUUCUGCAAAGAGUGCAGAAACUUUUGAAGGCGUUGAAAAACUGGGUGGAAACACUACCGGAGCAUCUUCGACUUAAUGAAGACGACCCAGAAACCAAUCGAAAGCAUAUAAGCUCCUUACAUCUUUCAUUCAACCAGUGCGUCAUACUCACCACUCGCCCAACGCUUCUGCACCUUCUUAUGAAACUCAACGAACCCGGCUCCCCAAACACCAGCAACGAAAGUAUCUCCCAGCCAGUCUUGACCCUGGGUGAAGCGUGCAUCCACGCCGCCAGACAUUCGCAUUCCCUUAUUCUAACCAAAUGGAUCAACGGUUCACUCCCAGUAUUCGGUUACUUCCACGCGCACUACCUCUUUUCCUCGGCGCUUGUACUCGCAAUGUCGAGCUUCCUCCCAAUCGGUAGUCCGUCCGACCUCGGCGCAUUCGAAUCCGGUCUGGAAGUGCUACGGGCCAUGAGUGAGAACGGGAACCUCGCAGCUUCAGAAUUCUACCACAACCUAGAGCAGGUCAAACAUUGUCUUGACCAGCGGAAGCCAAAAGAACCCAAAUCAAGCUCGGCCACCGGCCGGCUAAGCACCGCAUCAGGAUCGGGCCCAGCAGUACCAUCUACCGUAAUCCCGACAAUGUCAACAGCUCCCCAAGCCACAGCUGUCCCUGUCGCCUCAAUAAUCCCAGCAGCGGAGGCCGACCUAAUCAGCAACAACCCGGGAUAUCGCCAAACUCAGGGCAAUCCAAACAUAUCACCAGGGAAUUUAACAGUCCCGACAAUGGCAGGCGGAUUCACCACAGCAAUGGCCUUCCUUGAACCAACGAUGCAAGACUUCCUCGCACAGUCUGAUUUCGACCUAGGAUUGCUACAUCCAGUAGAUACGUUCAUGAAUGACGAGAGUCUAUAUACCUGCCACGGGCUGUAG